GAUUCUGAACAUGAAGAAAGAGAGAUUUCAGUUCUUCUAGAAAAUUAUGACAGGCCUUUGUCUUAUCCUCUCAAGUUGCAAAACAUUGGGAUUCUCACACAACCAAGAACAAAGUUGUGUCAAAACUAUAUAAGAAAUCCAUGUGAUAUACUUAAUAUACCAGUGAACUCUAAAGAACAUACUAAUAAAAAGACUAAUUAUAAAAAGAUAAAUGAUCAUAAGAUGUCUAAUGAAGAUAUAAUACUAGAUGACAAUGAAUUAUUGAGAGGUAAAGAAAUAAAUUAUAAAAGUUUUUUUGAUGAUAGAAUAAUGAAUGAAGAAGAAAUGCCUGUGGAUUAUAGUAACGAAGUGUCAAGUGAUGAAAAGUCAGAUUUUCUUGAUAAUAAAAUAUUGGAUGAUGAAGAAAUACUAGUAGAUUAUAAUAGCAAAAUAUCAAACGAAGAAUCUGAUUUAUUUGAUAAGGAUAUAUUAGACAAUAAUGAAAUACCAAUAGAUUAUAAUAAUGAAGUGCCAAAAGAAGAAUCUGAUAAAGUGUUGAUAAAGCAUUAG